GCCAGGAGAACGCCCCAGCCCUGGCAGCCCCAUCGGCCCCCAUCAGCUGAGAUGUUCCCCAAUGGCACCGCCUCCUCUCCCUCCUCUCCUAGCCCCAGCCCAGGCAGCUGUGGCGAAGGCGGAGGCAGCAGGGGCCCCGGGGCCGGAGCUGCAGACGGGAUGGAGGAGCCGGGGCGAAAUGCGUCCCAGAACGGGACCUUGAGCGAGGGCCAGGGCAGCGCUAUCCUCAUCUCUUUCAUCUACUCCGUGGUGUGCCUGGUGGGGCUGUGUGGGAACUCCAUGGUCAUCUACGUGAUCCUGCGCUACGCCAAGAUGAAGACGGCCACCAACAUCUACAUCCUCAACCUGGCUAUCGCCGAUGAACUGCUCAUGCUCAGCGUGCCCUUCUUGGUCACCUCCACGUUGCUUCGCCACUGGCCCUUCGGCGCGCUGCUCUGCCGCCUCGUGCUCAGCGUGGACGCAGUCAACAUGUUCACCAGCAUCUACUGUCUUACUGUGCUUAGCGUGGACCGCUACGUGGCCGUGGUGCACCCUAUCAAGGCAGCACGCUACCGCCGGCCCACCGUGGCCAAGGUCGUGAAUCUGGGCGUGUGGGUGCUAUCGCUGCUCGUCAUUCUGCCCAUCGUGGUCUUCUCGCGCACGGCGGCCAACAGUGACGGCACGGUGGCCUGCAACAUGCUCAUGCCCGAGCCCGCCCAGCGCUGGCUGGUGGGCUUCGUGCUGUACACUUUUCUCAUGGGCUUUCUGCUGCCCGUCGGGGCCAUCUGCCUGUGCUACGUGCUCAUCAUCGCCAAAAUGCGCAUGGUGGCCCUCAAGGCCGGCUGGCAACAGCGCAAGCGCUCAGAGCGCAAGAUCACCCUGAUGGUGAUGAUGGUGGUGAUGGUGUUUGUCAUCUGCUGGAUGCCUUUCUAUGUGGUGCAGCUAGUCAACGUGUUCGCAGAGCAGGACGACGCCACGGUGAGCCAGCUGUCGGUCAUCCUCGGCUAUGCCAACAGCUGCGCCAACCCCAUCCUCUAUGGCUUCCUUUCAGACAACUUCAAGCGCUCUUUCCAGCGCAUCCUUUGCCUCAGCUGGAUGGACAACGCCGCCGAGGAGCCGGUCGACUACUACGCCACGGCCCUCAAGAGCCGCGCCUACAGUGUGGAGGACUUCCAGCCUGAGAACCUGGAGUCCGGCGGCGUCUUCCGUAAUGGCACCUGCACGUCCCGGAUCACUACUCUCUGA